CAUUAUUUCCAGCUGUUUACCUGUCUCACACUGUGGGAAUAGAUUUAGCCACGCCCCCCUGACGGACUGACUUCCGCAUUGUAAUCUCACCUGAGAUCUCACCUGAGGGCUGCAGGCACAACAACAAACCGGCGCUCAUUUAAACAGUAAAAACAACCAGAACAGCAUCGGGACAGGUGAUCUUAUCCUCUCAGUGACUAUAGUGACAAUGAAUGUGAGGAAAGUGGACAGGACUGUUCUGAGUGUGGAACAGUCGGAGGGAGUCGGUGCUCGUGUCCGCAGGAGCAUCGGUAGAAAGGAGCUGAGAAACCUGGAUCCUUUCUUGAUGUUGGAUGAGUUCAGAGUGAGCAAGCCGGCAGGUUUUCCAGACCAUCCUCACAGAGGAUUUGAGACGGUAACAUACAUUUUAGAGGGGAUCACGGCCCAUGAAGACUUCUGUGGCCAUUCAGGACGACUGAAAGCCGGAGAUCUGCAAUGGAUGACUGCAGGACGGGGGGUGGUCCAUGCUGAGAUGCCCGUGUCAGAGGAGCCGGUGGUGGGCUUGCAGCUGUGGGUGAACCUGUCGAGGCGGGACAAGAUGGUGGAACCGGCGUACCAGGAGCUGAAAGGCGCCGCGAUCCCCAAACCCAACCAAGGAGGAGUUACAGUCGCUGUGAUAUCUGGAGAAGCUUUAGGAGCAAAGUCGAAGGUCUACACAAGAACCCCCACCUUGUACCUGGACUUCAGGCUGCAGACAGGCGCCCUGCAUGUGCAGCCAGUCCCCUCAGGAUGGACUACAUUCAUCUACACUCUAUCAGGAUCCAUUCAUGUUGGUCCAGAUGAGGAGCAGCAGAAGGUGGAUCCUCAUCAUACUGUCGUGUUUGGAGACGGAGACUGCGUCAAAGUUGAAAACAAGGGCUCUGAAGUUUCCCAUUUUGUGCUGAUCGCUGGAGAACCAAUCAAAGAGCCUGUGGUGCAACACGGUCCGUUUGUAAUGACCACAGAGGAAGAGAUCAGACAGGCUAUGAGGGACUACCACACUGGCAGCAAUGGCUUUGAAAGGGCCAUAAACUGGAGGUCCAAGAUCAGCGACUCUCUCUGAACGCUGCGCGGUGUCCCUGGUGAAGACGUUACUUGUUUGCUGCUAUAGAAGCAUAUUUAAAGAGAUAAUUGUUUUGAUUGAAAAUGUGGGUACUUUUUCUUUCUUCAGGAUAUGUUCUGUACGUGUUUACAGGACAUUUAGUAUUUUCCAGCAUCUACUUUUAACUUGUUCUGUACUUCAUGCCUUAUUGUUUGCACAGUAGUAGUUCACACCUUCUCCCUUGUAAAAUAUAGAUUUUAGGGGAAAUGUGCUUUUAACUGCUCUCCACCCCCCUCGUUAACUUUAAACUUUAUUACAUUUUCCUUCAUCUGUUUGGAAGAACACAGUAGCAGAGCUGUUGAGAAAUUCUUGCACAAAUUGUUGGAAUGAAGUAAAUUUAACAUCCUAUUAAGUAUGAAGGUUUUACCAACAUUGUGAUGACACAUUUAUGUACCACAUUAACCUAAUGUAUCCUGCUGUAAAAUGAGUUAGUUUUCCUCUAUAGCCAAAAACUUACAGACCACAUAAAAUAUUGUUUAAACAAAA